AAAAAAUAAGAGAGCUCUUUACGAAAAAUAGUUAUACAGAAAAAAAGUAUAUAUCCUCUCUUCAUGGUCGAUCGGACUUAUUUCUAUCGCACAUUGGACAUUGGAAGAUUGAAAAUUCUUGCGACAAAGGAUGCCAUUCCCUGGAAUUUUUAUUGCGAAACAAAUCGACUCCGGAUUGAGGGCAAAAAUUCCGCAUGUUUACGCAUUAUUUGGAGCACUUUACGAACGGAAAAUUCCCUCGAAGCUGACAAACCAUCGAAAUCAACGCAAAUCAGCGUGGAUCUGAAGACAAGAAAUACGACGAUAAUGCUCCAGGACAUGUUCUUGCACGUCGACACCGUUUCCAAGUGCUUAAGUAUAUAGCAAAAAUAGACUAGAUCAAAGGUGGUAGUUCUUCGAGAUAAAAGGUGGAACAAAACAAGAUCUUUCGCAAGAGAGGAACCAACCGGAUCCAAUACAGGACAUACUAGAUGAGGCUCAUAUAUGUCACGUUGGAUAACAGCUGAGGAAAGGAAAACAAAAGCGCACUCGGAUAUCAUUCCGGAUUCCACAAUAUACUAGGAAACAAAAAGGCGCUCUCUCUCACGGUGGAGGAUCGAGCGACGAGGGAUCGACGCGGGAUCGGAUCAGGUAGACGAGAUCGAGGAAAAAGAUCGACGACGAAGAACGGGAAGAAGCGGCCGCAGCAGCUACGAGUCAACGAGUCGGAAUUGGAAUUGCAGAUGGCGCCCAGCCUUGCGCCACCUCGCCAUCGUCGUCGAGUCGACCGCGGGGCGCGGCAGAAGGGGAGGAGGGAAGGGAUGCGCUCGCUCGACUCCUUGUAGUCUUCCUACAGAUCCGCUAUCCGCUUCGUCGGCCAGUGUUGACGCCGACGACGAGAGGUAUAUCGCGAUUGCGAACGGAAGAACGCUCAUGAGGCGCGCGAGAAGUCGGAGCACCGGAGAGUGAUAGAGAGAGAGAGAGAGAAAGAGAGAGAGAGAAGGAGGGAUAGGGAUAUACAAUCGCGCGAGAGGUGGGGAUCUCUAAAAAGGGGAGUCUAAGAGGAAGAGAACGGUCUCUUUCAUGCCGUUGUUGAAUACUUCUCGAGAACGUCCGAUAUAGUACUUUCGAUUAGCGAUUUCGGCGGGUCCUUCUCCUCGUCGUCGAUCGGCCGAUAGUUGCCGAUGAUGACGCGAUGCUAAUCGUCACGUCGACGUCGUCGCCAACCGCUGCCACGAUCGCGUGCGCCUCGAUAGCAAGAUAACCUACUCGCAAAAGACUCGUUGCCGCAGACAUACGGUGGCGCAGGUGAACCAAGACACGUGCGCGACAUCGGUCAGAGAGGAGGUCUCCGAGUCGGAUCAGCUGAUCGCGGAUGAUCGACGACGUCCGACGAAAGAGAGGUCUUCGAUCGCUCCUUUUCUUGGCGCUGCGGGUGUCGGCGGUUCGAGGAAGCGGCGAGAAUUAAGCGUGGCCAUUCUGCCCCGGACUCGGUGCGUGGUGCACCGAGGAGGAGACGCCGCGUAGGAGCCUCUAAUCGCGUCCGGUGUCGGCCAAGACCGGAGACCACCCGGAGGAUGACGCAGAUCGACGAGGGCCCGUCCCGAACCUGGUGAAUAUAUAGUCGAAUCGUUCCUCUGCCUGCCGUCCGCCAUGUUGUCCGCCGCAGGCAAGGGCGAGAGAAGAAAUCUGCGCGGAAGCGCGCGACUCUCGUCCAAGAUGUCGGGAAGGCCGCCCAGGUUGCGGGCGCUUCGACCUCGGCAGCAGCAGCGGACGAGGACGGACGCGGACGGGACGCGCAGAACGGAAGGUAACCUAAAGGGGCUCGCGAAGAGCCACGAGGAGGAGGAGGAUCAGCUGGAAGAGAGCAAGAAGAGAUGCGACGAGGAGGAGGAGAAGAAGAAGGAUGACGCGAUGGGAAACGAGGACGGUGACGAUGAGGAAGAGGAAGAGGAGGAGGAGGUGACCAUGACCGCCGUCGACAACGACGUCGUCGUCGACGUCGACGUCGAAAUGAAAUCCGUGGAAGGUGAAACGAUCGAGCAGCGGGCUUCUUUCGAGUGCAAGAGCUGCAAACCUCCUAGAGAGCUGCCGGAUAUCAAGGCCUACUUUGAACAUCUGCGGAAGGAGCACAAGUAUAAGGGCAAAAACGGGCACAAUCCAGUCGAAAAUCGUUGCCCUGCGUGUUCGUAUGUCACAUUGAACGUGAAAGAUCUUGAAAAUCACCAAAGAGUGCAUCAUUUGAAAAGAAAAUUCUUUCGAUGCGCAAAAUGCGAUUACAUGACGCACAUCAAAGCGCGUUACACUAAGCAUGUUAGAUAUCAUUCUAUGCCGAUGAUCAAGUGCGAUGCUUGCGAUUUUAGUUCAGCGUAUAAGUGGAAUCUAGAAAGACACAUGCGGAAUCAUGGAGGUGGAGGUGCUUUCAAAUGUCGGGCUUGUAAUUUUACUGCUGAUAUUCGUCAGAGCUUAACGGUGCAUGAGUCUUAUCAUCACGACCCACCUGUGGGUCACGUCAACCGCAAAAGUAAUAACGCUUUCGAACGUAAGCCACGAAAUAGUCCGAAACGUUAUAAUCAGGUUGGAGCGAGUGACUUUCGAGCAGCGUUUCAUAAAACUGGAAGCACAACCACGUCGGCCAACUCUACGGAUUCGUUCAUAUCGGAUCAUUCAUUAAUUUCGAUAGACGAUAGGAAAAGCGCUCUGGCCAGUGCCGAAUGCAUUGCGUUGAAAUGCGAAGAGAAGGGCUGUCAGUUUGUAACAUCCUGGGAUUCUGCGAUGCAACGUCAUUUAGCGGAAUGUCAUGGGCCAAAUGCUUCACCCAAGCUUAGAAAACCACUGCCAGAAUUAAUUCCAUUAAGUAUAGCUAAUUCUAAGCCCAAUAAUACAAUUGGCAAUAGCGGGCCGCACACGACUCUGCUCAAAGUUCCACGAGUCAGAGUGAGACCCGAGCUGGCGCAAAUUGCGAGGGAUACAGAACUGGCCAAGAUCUAUGGAAGUAAAGAGGUCGCGAAUUCAAAGAGGGACCUCGAUACCGCGGCCGGUUUAUUUGAGAGAAAGAACGCCUCCUUCUUCGAUAAACUGAAGGAAAAACUAACGACGACAGCGACGUCGAUUAAUAAUAACGGCGUGCCAGAGGUAGCUGUAAGUAGCGAGAACGAUUUGAAAUGCUGGUGUACGUUUAAAGCUAGUAGCAUGGAAGAGCUAGCUUGCCACAAACAGACACAUCACACUGCGCUCAGCGUAUCCGUGGGUACGACACGUUGUCCUAAGUGUAGAAGACGUUGCAAGAGUUCGACCGAUCUUCAAGUGCACAUGCAAUGCUGCCAUUCGCGCAACGACACGACGUCGUCCAUUGAUAGUAGUUUAGAGAAAAUAAAUUGCUCGGACGUCCGCAUGACCUCGUACCGUGGUGAAUACGCUUUCCCAUCGCAAAUGGAUUGGGACGCGAAACUCAGAGGACUAAAUUCUUCUGAAUCCUCGGUUGAAGGUGGUCCGACACAUCCGAGCGGGCGGCGGGUAUUCAAAUGUCCCCAUUGUCCAUUUUGGGCUUCCACCGCAAGUCGCUUUCACGUUCAUAUAGUCGGUCAUUUAAACCGGAAGCCGUUCGAGUGUUCUAUGUGCGCGUAUCGUUCAAACUGGCGAUGGGACAUCACAAAACAUAUUAAACUUAAAGCGGCUAAAGACGCAGUGCAUACGACCGCCAGAGUGCUCAUGACGGAUGAGACAGGUCGACGGAAUUAUUCCAAGUAUAACAAAUAUCUCGCACAGGUGGAGCAACAACCGUGGGACGAGGAUCGUAUGGAGGAACGUAGUAUAGAAGAGACCAGCCAAACAUCCGAUGGACUUUUUUCAACAAAGUUGUUAAUCGUAGGAGGAAACAAAGAGUACGUUCCGACGAUUGAUCUCGCGUCGCAAUCUCCCGUCACGAUUUUGCCGUCGAGCGAGGCAAAUCAGAACGGCCAUAACGUGGACGUGAGUUUGCGACCACCUCCACCGCUCAAAGUGGCGCUAAAGAGUCGUGGACAGUCUCUGCUGAAAAACAAUCCGAUCACAAUGCAUAUACAGACCGCUAGCGGGGGCGGUUCAGUCUCUAUAUCUACGACUGACGAGAGCAAACGCACUCAGUGGAAGUGCAGACGUUGCGAUUAUCGAAAUUUCAAUAAGGACGCCGUCUUGUUACACGUCAAAACGGCUCAUUAUGAGUCUACCGACCAAGAGGCCAUCGAGGAAAGGACUCCAUUUGGUUGCUCGGAUUGUCCCUUUUCGGCACCAGAUGCUGCGACUCUGUCUCUUCAUAGGAUGAACCAUCGGCCAAACUUGGAGGCUAUAUUUAAAUGCUAUCUUUGUCCAUACUACGUUAGUACAAAGGCAGAACUGUUGGAGCACAUUAGACUUCACGGGGAAGAGAUGGCUAUUCAUCAGCAGAACAUAGAUCCCCGGUCGCCAAAUUCCAAAGGAGGAGCUUCUCGAACAAAGGACGAAACGUCUAUAGAACAAGUGAUUCAGAUAACGUCGCGCAACAACGUAACGACGACGUCAAAAACUGCUCCAGGUGGAGUUCCACCGCCGCCGCCACCUCCGUCGCUCCUCUUGGACACUCGCGCCCUCCCAGACGCUCCGCUCGUCUGGGUAUCUCGACUAGACGGCACGUUGACGAAGAUGCUGAAAUGUCGUCACUGUCCCUACGUCUCGUCGCGACGAGCGGAGGUGCGCGACCACGAGACGAUGCACGUAGACACGCCAACUCAGGGUCCUUUGAUCGCCUGCACGGACUGUAGCUUUACCUGCACGCGUCGGGAGAUCAUGAUCACGCAUACGGAGAUGCACGCCGGAUCUUUGGGCACGGUUCACUGUCUGGUGGACGAGACGCGACCCGACUCUCAGCAGGCGAGCGAUCUGGCCACUCUACUCGGCAUGACGCAUACUCCGGUCUUAGGCAGCGAACCUGAUUUGCACGACUCUCGUCUGGUGCACUGUUGCGGCAAAUGCCCGGCGCGAUUCCUAUGCGAGAAGGAAUUGCGCAUCCACCUGCGCUAUCACACUACAGAGCUAGCACACUCGUGCCAAUGGUGCUCUUAUGCGGCGCGUCAGUCGACUCAUCUGCUGGCGCAUCAAAAGGCACACUCGAGCGAGUAUCAAGAACGCACCAAGUAUUUGUUGUCUCUGUACGGGCACUCGCAGCGUUAUCCGCCGCCCGCGACGGCGUGCGUCGAGGCGGCGAAUCAGGAGGGGAGCAACAGUGGCGCGCCCAAUGUCGCCUGGAUCGUCGUCGAGAUCAACGAUAGCGCAAACAGCAACGCCGGGUCGAGCAUUCAAAGGACCGGAGAUAAUCAGGUGUUUACGUGCGCUAAAUGCCCAGCUCGUUACUUCAAACUAGACGCUUUGGAGUAUCAUAUGACUUUGCAUGGCUCGAAUAAUCGAUUCAGGUGCAAUGAUUGUGACUACUCGUCAAAAACGGCGCAGAAUCUAGUAAAGCAUCAGGUAGUGCAUCGACGACACAACGAAAUCAGCGGUAACGAAACGACUGCAAUGACAUUACCGACCACCACCGCAACUACCUCCAGCGCACCUUCUGUCUCCACUUCAAUUCGAUCCGUGCAACCGCCACCGGAUCCGCAAUUCGGUAACUUUAUGCGUGGUAAUCCCAACUUUGUCUACCAGGGUUAUCUGCGAAAUGGUCGUUUGAAGGAAAAGCGCUACAAAUGCCACAAGUGUCCGUCCGCUUUCGAAAAGCGCGAGCAAUAUAGAGUCCAUCAGACGCUACACGGUGCCAAGCAACGUUAUCGCUGCGACACGUGCGACUAUUCGGUCAAGUACUACGCGAACUUUAUACAACAUCUGAAGAAGCAUCAGGCAAACGCGGAAGCGCAAGCGUCCCGCAGACAAUACGAGGACGAUCGGAUCUUCUUGGACAGCGACGGCAUCGCUGACGUAACUGCCGCGUCGACCUCGUCGCGCAAGUCUUCAAGAUCGUCCGUCACAGCUGCGUCUUCCGCUAACAACGUCGCCAACGCUCUGCAGACCUCCAAUCAGGAUAGGCAGAGCCUGCUGUUGAUGCAGAAGAAGGGUAUCAUCUCCGCGACCGGCGAAACCGACGCGGAUACGAUCCGUUGCCUCAGCUGUCCGUUCUCCACCACCGACAAGGACGUGAUGGACGUGCACAAGCGGCGCCACGGCAUCGAGCGUAUGACUCCGUCGUGUCCGCACUGCGAUUACAUUCCCCGGAAGGACGAGAACAUCCAGGACCACAUCCAGUUGCACUUGACGAGACUGUACAAGCCCGAGUCGUAUCUCGUUAUCGAGCUGCUGACGCUGAUGAUGGAGAAGGUGCCAAAGGCGAACGGUAAAGAGGAGGAGAAGGGAAGGCAGCGGCUGAAGGAGCUCCUGUUCAAGGAAUGCGCCGACGGUAGAUUCCUGCCACUCACCGAUCCGCACUCUUCCCAUCCUCUAGGCACCUCGAGCGUCAACAAGAAGGUCAUCGUGGAUCCGAACACGGGCGAAACCCGCGCAUAAUCCCGCCGCGUAAAUCUGAUAUUUACAUUUUCGACGAAUGCGUGCGUCUUCAUGAAUCUGAUAUUUACAUUUUCGACGAAUGCGUGCAUUUUUCUAUGCAAGAGACUGCUUCGAAAAUUACAAAUAGAUGAUGUAGACUUUGCGAACAAUUUAUAAUAAGUUAGUACUCAUUGCGAAAAUCGUUGAUUUUAUUUUUUGAGAUGGUUGAUUUAAAUCAGAGUGUGAUAAAUCAGUCGCGUUAAUGUUAAAUUUCUAAUAAAUAUAUAGAAUUUUGUUAUAGCAAUAUGAAA